AUGGUAUUAAAGCUAAAUACUGCUGGUGUGCCAGCAGAUGAGGCUGCUAAAGAGAUUGAAGCUGCUGGAGGGCCUGUGGACCUCUCUGUUGAUCUUGACAAAUUGCAAGGGAGAUGGAAACUGAUAUACAGUAGUGCAUUCUCGUCUCGCACUCUAGGCGGAAGUCGACCGGGACCUCCCACGGGAAGGCUACUUCCGAUCACUCUUGGUCAGGUUUUUCAGCGGAUCGACGUCAUCAGCAAAGAUUUCGAUAACAUCGUAGAGCUCGAGUUAGGUGCUCCUUGGCCACUACCUCCUGCUGAAGUCACUGCUACAUUAGCUCACGUGUUUGAAAUCAUAGGUUCUGCUAAGAUAAAGAUAACUUUUCAGAAAACCACCGUGAAAGCCACUGGAAACUUGUCACAGCUUCCUCCAUUAGAGGUACCUCGGCUUCCAGAUGCGCUAAGGCCUCCAUCCAACACUGGAAGUGGCGACUUUGAAGUCACUUACCUUGACAAUGAUACUCGGAUCACCAGAGGAGAUAGAGGAGAACUCAGAGUGUUUGUUAUUUCAUAAUAUCAUCACAGCCAUGAUGCAUGCCCUUUGCUGCACCCUCAGGUUUAAACAUCUCCCCUAAAGUCUGAAAUUAUACCAUCCAUCACUGUUUAGUAUUGUUAUGAGUUUCGUUAUCGAAUCUUCGAUACGAACUGAAACUUAGAGAUCAACUGCUGUAACCAUAGUUAGGAAGAGGAAAGCAUAAAGUGUCUGGAAUAAUAUUGUCCACUUUGCGCAUAACCUCUUAAAGAUGGUGUUCCUUGCCUAUAAACUCAUGAUCAUUCCCUUAA